AUGAAGCUUGUAGAGUUUAGAGUAACUAUGCCUCUGUCCAUGGAGGAGUAUAAUUUGUGUCAGCGUUACCUGCUAGCAAAAAUGACUUGCGAAGAUGCAGACAAUGCAAUAACAGGAAUGGGGUGCAAUAACAGAACGGAUGGAAAGAGUCUAGUGCUGUUUAAAAAAGGGAAAGCUGAAGAUGAGAAUGGGGAGACAGUAGAUUACACAUUCAAAAGAAUGAAUCUUGUAAAUAAGGUACCUAAAUGGUUACAAAAUUUUGUGGACCCUAAUUAUUGCCUGAUAGACGAGAAGUCAUGGAACAAUCACCCCAAGUUAAGGACUGUGUAUGAAGCUCGUGGUUUUCCUAGGGCACGUGUUGAGGUAGAUUCAACUUUUCGUCCUGGUCACAACACAGAGGAUAAUGUCUUUAACCUUUCAGAUGAAGUAUUGGCUGAAAGAAAAGUUAUUUUAGUCGACAUAGUAAAGGAUAGCGCGUACUGCAGGGAGUACUACCCUGAAGAGGACCCCACACUUUACUAUAGUGAAAAGGCACAAAGAGGAAAGCUAGAUGAUAAUUGGAUUGAAAAAAGCAAAGUGCUUAUAACAUGUUAUAAACUCUUCCAUAUUGACAUUCCCUACUUUGGAGUGUUUUGUUCUAAGUUAGAAAAUUGGAUCGUGAGUGCUAUUAAGGAGAGCUUGGUGAAAUAUCACCGUAAGUCCUUCUGUUGGAUUGACGAAUGGGUUGACUUAUCUGAAGAGCAAAUACAUAAGUUUGAAGAAGAAAUAAUAGAAAGGAUAGAAAAUUUUUGGAAGGAGAUAGGACUAGAUGUGGAGACAGAUUCAACUUUGGCUGUUCAAUAUAUGGCUGAACGACAAGCUCGUGGUAUAUACCCACAAGUUUCUUAUACCUGUCUCCAUGGUGAUAACAGUAGUAAAAAUUGCAAUUCUAGCGAUAGUACCAAGAGUGAUUCUUCCUCUGCUUCCUCCUCAAAAUGUUGUGCGAAAAGUGGUAAAGACAAUGGUACUACAACGCUUUAUCAUGCGAACGUUACUAAAGCUCAGUUGAAGAAAUGCUCGCAGCUCAAAUCGGUGAAGAAGGGAAGAAACGGUAAGAAGAAGAGGAAAAAGGUAAAGGGCGGAGAAGAGGGUAAAAAAUGUAAAAAGUGCGCCAAGUCGAAGGGAAACGUAAAACAACAACAAGAACAGGGACAAGUAAAUGGAGAGGAGAAACAGGCCGGAGAGCGAGAACAACAGAAGCUUGAUUCAUGUCAACGUCAGGGUAACCACACAGAAGAAGGAGUAUGUUCGAAACUCAGAGGACCUGAUGCAGCAACGAAUGACAUGGAAGGUGAUGUGGAGAAAUUACAAUCGGGAGAAGAAACACCGACAACCGAUUCGCACACGUUGCAUGAGGACGAGGAAGAGGAUGAACAGGGGGAGGAGGACGAGGACGAGGACGGAAGCAGCGGCGAUGAUGAUGAUGAGGAUGACGAUGAGGACGACGACGAUGAGGAUGGUGAGGAGGACGAAGACAGCAGUGAACACGUGGACCAUGAAGAACAUCCCACGAGUAGAAAAAAGUCCAGCGCUAGUAAAUCGAUCAAGGGCAACAGCUCAAAGGGACAGACGAACAGGACAAAUUCCAAGCACUCCGUAUCCUCAAGUACAGACCAAGAGAAAAACGUGGAGGAGGUAGAAGAAGAAAUAGAAGAAAGCGAAAUACUCGCUACAUCCAGUGAUGCAAAUAUUAGAAGCCGCAUUUUGCGGGAGGUGCAUCAUGUGGACGAGGAUAUUCUUCUAAGCGAGGAGCCGCAGCAGCACGGGAAGGAGAAAGAAGGAGAGGUAGUAACCCCCAUGGCAGGAGUAACAAAUGACCGUGAUAGUAUCGUGCAGAAGAACUUAAACAAGGGUGUGGUUAAAAAGGGCAUACAACCCCAUGAUGGUAUGGUGCUGCAUGCAGAGUAUUUACGCGAAGAGGAUGAAGAAGGGGAUGGUCUAUGGAAGUUAAACCACGUCUUCAUUAGCAGAAAUAAAAUAAGUUUUGAGGAGGAAGGAAUAAUGAUCCCCUGGUCAAGGAAACAAUAUCUGAAGAGUCUGAAUGUAAUGAGGAUGGGGAAAUUUAAAGGGCGUGAUGAUGUACUUGUGAGAAACGGCUUGCCCAGCAGGAUGAAAAUGUUAAAUAAUGAAAAGAGAGUGCAAAUGAAUAAGUGUAAGAUGACUGAUGCGGAGAAUAAUGGUGAAGGAGGAAAUGAUCUCUUUGCCCCAAUUGAUUUAGAUAGUUUUUACGGACUCCAAGGGGAAGGAAGACGGGAAAGUACCUUCUGGAAUGAACAUUCAGCACAACAUAAUGAUGCGGGGGCCAUUUUAAAAUCGUUUAAUGUGGUUAAGAAUAGCAUGAAGGAAAAACAAAUGAUGAACCAGUACGCACAUCAUAUAGGGGGUGCACACAAUUACAGGAGAAACGUGAGACGCAAUGAUAGCAACAUAUCUCUGUCCCUCUUUUAUGUAAUCACAAUGAUGUCUUUUGUAUAUAUAUUCAUGUCGAUUUAUAAAAGGUUUAAGUCUCUUUUUUACGUGCUCUUGUGUGCAUUUAUAUGCGCAUGUGCAUUCUUGUACCAUGAGUACUGGAAUCACUCCUGCCUACACCGUGGUAUUAAUUACAAAUUUUCCAUGACCACACCAGCGAGCAUUAACCCAGUGACAUCCCUCCUGGCUACUGAGAAGAAACAAGACCCCCGAGAAGAGUUUUAUAAGAACCUCUACAAUAGCGUUUACAAUAACCUGUACGAGCUGAACAAGUCAACCCUGAACUUUGCUUCCAAGUCCCUCAAUGUACAAUUUCAGAGCUCCAUUUUUAGCAACCUGAAUGAAAUGUUUCCCCCCAGGAAUGUGCAGGAUUCUCCAUACAUGGACGACUUAUAG